GCCGAUCCAACGACGGCGGUAAGCGCACUCAACUACAGCUCUGGAACGACCGGGGUACCAAAAGGGGUUGCGAUUACACAUUACAACUACGUGGCUAAUUGUAUUAAUUGGAACUACGUCGAUGGGCUAGACCCAGACUAUGAAGAGAAGCGAAAACGAGGUCGUCGGCUUGGCUAUCUACCUAUGUACCACGCAUAUGGCUAGACAACUUAUCUCGCUGGCUUCCCUUCGCAAUGUAUUCCCCUGUAUAUAAUGCCUUCAUUCGACUUCGAGAAGAUGUUGCAGCAUAUCGAGAAGUUCCGUAUCGAUAGUCUCGGUUUGGUACCUCCGGUCGUAGUUGCGCUCGCCAAGAGUCCACUAAGUCGCGAGUAUGAUCUUAGCAGCGUCAAGACGUUUACCUCUUCUGCAGCGCCUGUAGACGCUGAGAUACUCGAAGAAGCAGCCAAAUUGUGGCCACCAGGUGCCUUAACUAUCAAUCAAGCUUGGGGUAUGACCGAAACGACAUGUCCGGCUACGCUGUUCGACCCCACCGUGAGGGCCAACCCGGCCUCUGUCGGUGAGGUGGUGCCGAAUUGUUCAAUACGCAUCGUAAAAACUGAUGGUUCGGGAGAGGAGGUCACGAAAGCAAACGAGCGUGGCGAGUUGUGGGUCGCGGGGCCUAUCAUAUUUAAAGAGUAUUGGAAUAAGCCUGAAGCCACGGCGGCCACCGUUCACAUUGACCCCGAUGGUACUCGUUGGCUCAAGACUGGAGAUAUCGCAUACAUAGACAAGUACGAACCGGGCGGAUACUUCUAUAUCGUCGAUCGUAUUAAAGAGCUCAUUAAAGUGAAAGCCUAUCAAGUAGCGCCUGCUGAGCUCGAGGCUCUACUUUUGGAUAACAAGGGCAUCAUCGACGUAGGCGUAUGCGGCGUCACGAUCAACGGCGAAGAAUGGCCAAGGGCAUACGUUGUGCCGAAUCUCGAUGUGGAACAAACCGAACAAGAUAUUGCGAAGUGGUUGGAGUCGAGAGUAGUCCACUACAAGCGGCUACGAGGCGGCGUCAAGUUCAUCGAUGCCAUUCCAAAAAAUGCGUCCGGUAAGAUACUCCGAAAGAUACUCAGAGAUCAGGCCGCGAAGGAGGUUGGAGACAGAAAACCGAGCGAAUCAAAAUUAGCUUAAGGCGCCACUUCAUCAUAUAU